CAUCACUCAACCACCAAGUUGGUUUCUGCACACAGAUCCAACCUAUACACCAAAACUAAAUCAAAACCUGUCAUGAACACCAUUGCGGGCCUCUACAUACGCUGAGAGGCACCCAGUCCUCUAUGACGAUGACGCUCCAUGCUCGCAAAUAUGUCGUCAUGAAUAAUGUGCACUCAUCACUCAUCCCCCCUCCAAGCUCAUGUCCUUACCUACCUUAGGUUCACUAGGUAUGGUCAUGGUCAUGCCCGUGGCUUAGCAAAACAUCAAGAAGGCCGCAUCAUCCGUUUACACGGCUAAGUCCUAACUUUCAAGUCCAAAGCCUCGUCCACCCACUUGCCCAAGCACAACCACGAGAACAAGAACAAGAACCACAUCUCAUCUCAUCUCAUCUCAUCUCCUCAUCUUCGCCGACCACCCAACACCCUACACACCCUACACAUUCUCUUUACAAAACAAUGGCCCAACCCACGACGACGCAAGACCUACACAACAAUUUCGAGCCGCACCCCAACGCCCACGACCUCACCGGCAAGGACACCAGUGCCAACAACACUAGUAAGGUCGACUACGAACCACACCCAGACCGCUCCGUCGCCACCUCCCCCGAACACAAGGACAUAAUCAAGCACAUCACGAACCUCUACUGCGGCAGCGCGUCCGAGUCCGACAUGCAAGUCUACGCCGAGAAGGCCAUCUACGACGACCCCCUCUCCUACUGCGACACCCGCUAUAAAAUCGCCGGCCAAUGGUACGGCCUGCCCAUGAUCUUCUCUUCACUGCGCACGCUCGCUACCGAAGUCGUCAAGGACUCUUCCGACGAAAUCAUCUUCAAGCUCCGACAAGAAUACACCCCCAAAGUCACGCACACGCCCAAGACCGUCGACAGUCUGGUCAGCCUAGGCCUGGACGAGCACGGCAAGGUACGCUAUCACAAGGAUAUGUGGAACGACAAGGAUUACAGUCAUCAGGGACUCGGCAAGUUGAUCAAGACGUUGAAUGGGGACCAUUUGACCAAGAUCACGCAACCGCCCGAGUCAUUGUAACGGUCGCGGGCGCGUUGAAAUGGUGUCAGUGUUGAACACGGUGGACAUUGAACAUAGAUGAAUUCCGCUGCAACCACGUAGAUAUCUUACUUGCUGGCUCUUACGGGCCAGCACGUCUUAAGCAAGAUCCGUUGUACUGUAC